AUGGGCACUGUUUGCUUUUCGCGGCGCUGCUGUUUGCUUUUCGCUCUCGCCUGGGCCGGCAGGUUGGCGGGAGGCAACGGGGGCGCAGAUGUUGACGAGUGCGCAGAAGCAACGGAUGACUGUCACAUCGACGCAAUUUGUCAAAACACACCAAAAUCCUACAAAUGCAUCUGCAAGCCAGGCUACAAAGGGGAAGGGAAGCAGUGUGAAGAUAUUGAUGAGUGUGAAAAUGACUUCUACAAUGGGGGUUGUGUCCAUGAGUGUAUCAACAUUCCAGGCAACUACAGGUGUACGUGCUAUGAUGGAUUCAUGUUAGCCCACGAUGGCCACAACUGUCUUGAUGUUGAUGAGUGUCUGGAUAACAAUGGAGGGUGUCAGCAGAUUUGUGUAAAUACUAUGGGCAGCUACGAAUGUCAGUGCAAAGAGGGCUUUUUUCUGAGUGAUAACCAGCACACCUGCAUUCAUCGCUCCAUUGAGGGUAUGAACUGUAUGAACAAAGAUCAUGGGUGUGCACACAUCUGCCGGGAGACACCCAAAGGUGGGGUUGCCUGUGAAUGUAGACCUGGCUUUGAACUUGCCAAAAACCAGAGGGACUGCAAAUUAACCUGUAACUAUGGGAAUGGAGGCUGCCAACACACCUGUGAUGACACAGAUACUGGCCCUGUGUGUGGCUGUCAUCAGAAGUAUGCCCUGCACUCAGAUGGCCGAACCUGCAUUGAGAAGGAUGAGGCUGCAAUUGAGAGUUCUGAGUACAAUGCCACGUCAGUAGCUGAUGUGGACAAGCGGGUGAAACGGCGGCUACUUAUGGAAACAUGUGCUGUCAAUAACGGAGGCUGUGAUCGGACUUGCAAGGAUACCGCGACAGGGGUACGCUGCAGUUGCCCAGUUGGAUUUACCCUGCAGCCUGAUGGGAAAACGUGCAAAGAUAUUGAUGAGUGUUUGGUAAACAAUGGUGGCUGUGACCAUUUUUGCCGAAACACAGUUGGCAGCUUUGAGUGCAGCUGCCAGAAGGGCUAUAAACUGCUCACAGAUGAAAGGACCUGCCAAGAUAUAGAUGAGUGCUCCUUUGAACGGACCUGUGACCACACCUGUAUUAACUACCCUGGAAGCUUUGAGUGUCUCUGCAACAAAGGCUACACCUUGUACGGACUGACGCAUUGUGGAGAUAUUGAUGAAUGCAGCAUCAGCAAUGGUAGCUGUGACUUCGGAUGUCUUAAUACCAUGGGGAGCUAUGAGUGUGUCUGCCCACCUGGAAAGAAACUGCACUGGAAUAAAAAGGACUGUGUUGAUACGGUGAAAUGUCUCCCAAAUGCCAAAACAGCUCCCAAGGCUCAGCUAGUAUGCAGUAAGACAGGAGGCAUAGAGAGCUGCUUCCUGUCAUGCCCAUCCAAUACUCUUUUUGUUCCAGACUCAGAGAACAGCUACACGCUGAGCUGCGGUGUCCCCGUGCAGCAAGGCAAGGUGCAGCCCAGGCGCAACUCCACACUGCCCAGCUGCUCAGAUUCCCUAGCCCCUCCAAUUAAGCAGAAAGCUCGUUUUAAAAUCAAAGAUGCAAAAUGCCAUUUACGGCCUCGCAGCAAAGACAAACCAAAAGAUUCUGGGAAGCUGGCUGUUUCAGGAGGUCAGUUCCCCUGUAAAGACAACUGCCAGGUGACCUUUGUGAACCUCAAGUGCGAUUCCUCCAAGAAAAAACGCCGAGGCCGCAAGUCACCAUCAAAAGAAGUGUCCCAUAUCACUGCAGAGUUUGAAGUGGAGAUGAAGUCUGAAGAAGUCUCAGACACCUGUAACAUUGACUGUGUUCGGAAAAGGAUGGAGCAGAAGCUGCAAACUGCAAUCAAAACAUUGAGGAAAUCUAUUAAUAAACAGCAAUUUUACAUUCAGUUUUCUGGGACAGAAUAUGAAGUGGCUCAGAAGCCAGCUAAAGCUACUGAAGGGCAUGAAGUGUGCAGUACAGGGCAAGUACUGCAGGAUGGAAAAUGUGUUACCUGCAGCACGGGCACCUUCUAUAGCGGAGAACACAACCAGUGCGUCCCAUGCUUGCCAGGAACCUACCAGGACACAGAAGGCCAACUCACCUGUGAGCCUUGCCCCAGCAACGAUGGCCAGGGAGUAGCGGGCGCCCGGAACAUCUCAGAAUGUGGAGGGCAGUGUUCUCCUGGGCACUACUCUUCAGAUGGUUUUAAACCUUGUACAGUCUGUCCUCUUGGUACCUAUCAGCCUGAACCAGGAAGGACCCUCUGCUUUCCCUGUGGCGGUGGGCUUGUGACCAAAUACGAAGGUGCUGUUUCCUUUCAAGACUGUGAAACCAAAGUUCACUGUUCUCCUGGACACUACUACAACUCCACAACACACAGAUGUAUCCGGUGCCCUGUGGGAACAUACCAGCCUGAGUUUGGUCAGAACUACUGCAUCACCUGCCCUGGCAACACCAGUACAGAUUUUGAUGGCUCCACCAAUGUCACGCAUUGCAAAAACCAGCACUGUGGAGGAGAACUAGGGGACUACACUGGCUACAUUGAAUCGCCCAACUAUCCUGGAGACUACCCAGCUAAUGUGGAAUGCAUUUGGAAUAUAAAUCCACCCCCAAAGAGAAGAAUACUCAUCGUAGUACCUGAGAUAUUUCUCCCAAUUGAAGAUGAAUGUGGAGAUGUUUUAGUAAUGAGAAAAAGUGCUUCUCCUACUUCAAUUACUACUUAUGAAACAUGUCAAACCUAUGAGAGACCUAUUGCAUUUACCUCAAGAUCAAGGAAACUCUGGAUUCAAUUCAAGUCGAAUGAAGGAAACAGUGGCAAAGGAUUUCAGGUCCCCUAUGUGACUUACGAUGAGGAUUAUCAACAACUAAUAGAAGACAUUGUUCGAGAUGGCAGGUUGUAUGCAUCAGAAAACCAUCAAGAAAUUCUAAAGGACAAGAAACUUAUUAAAGCUCUCUUUGAUGUACUGGCACACCCUCAAAACUACUUCAAGUACACAGCACAAGAGUCAAAAGAAAUGUUUCCAAGAUCAUUUAUAAAGCUACUGCGAUCAAAAGUUUCCAGGUUUCUACGACCAUACAAAUAG